AUGGGAGGAAAGAGGGAAAGGAAGAGGGACGACAGAGAGCCGACGACGACGACGACGACGGCAGCGGCGAGUCUCUCGCUCUCGUUAGCGUCUCCACUCGCCUUCCUGUUGCGAACGAAAUCCAGCAGCGGCACCGCCAAGACCGUGGUGAGCAAUCUACCGCCCCAGACCCGAUUGGAGGAUCUCGAUCAGUUUUUCUCCAACUACGGCCAGGUACAGCAUAUCGAGAAAGUGCCGACGCGGGACACCAACACGCAGACAGUCAUCGUCAGCUAUGAGACGCAAGACCAAGCACAACAAGCCUUGAGUCAGUUGAAUGGAUACAAUUACGAAGGACACACGUUGAAAGUGGAGAUGUCAUCGGCGGAGAGCCGGCGAAGGGGCCGCAGCCAACGCAGCAGCGGCGUCGCCUUCUCCGGUUUGCCGGGCUCCGGUCGGCAGACCGAUUUUCCCUUACGUAUUCUCGUCCAAUCAGAUAUGGUUGGUGCGAUCAUUGGUCGUCAAGGCUCCACCAUACGACAGAUCACCCAAGUGUCACGCGCCCGAGUCGAUGUGCAUCGCAAAGACAACGUCGGCUCUCUGGAGAAAGCCAUCACCAUUUACGGCAACCCGGACAACUGCACCAACGCUUGUAAGAAGAUUUUGGAGGUGAUGCAGCAGGAGGCGAACAACACGAACAAGGGUGAAAUUACCUUGAAAAUCUUGGCGCAUAACAAUCUCAUUGGACGGAUUAUCGGCAAGGGUGGAAACACGAUCAAGAGAAUCAUGCAGGACACUGACACGAAAAUCACUGUCAGCAGCAUCAACGACAUUAACAGCUUUAAUCUGGAGCGUAUAAUCACGGUUAAGGGCACGAUCGAGAACAUGAGCAAGGCCGAGUCCAUGAUCUCCAGCAAACUGCGUCAAAGUUAUGAGAACGACCUGCAAGCUAUGGCUCCGCAAAGCAUGAUGUUCCCUGGUCUUCAUCCCAUGGCUAUGAUGUCUACUGCUGGUAUGGGCUAUAGUUCCCGUGGGCCGGGUCUCUACGGCUCUGGCCCGGCUCCUUAUCCCUAUCAAAGCAGUCUUCAGACACAACAGGGAGGGGUACCCUCCAGUGACACCCAGGAAACAACCUUUCUUUACAUUCCUAACAACAGUGUCGGCGCCAUUAUCGGCACGAAGGGCUCGCACAUACGCAACAUCAUCAGGUUCUCCGGCGCUAGCGUGAAAAUCGCGCCCCUCGAGCAAGACAAACCGGCCGAGCAGCAGACCGAGAGAAAGGUCACUAUUGUGGGAUCACCGGAGUCUCAAUGGAAGGCCCAGUACUUGAUCUUCGAGAAGAUGCGCGAGGAAGGAUACGUCUCCGGCACCGAGGACGUGAGAUUGACCAUCGAAAUUCUCGUGCCCAGUGCACAGGUUGGGAGAAUCAUUGGUAAAGGCGGUCAGAACGUCCGGGAGUUGCAACGUGUGACUGGGAGCGUCAUUAAACUGUCGGAGCAGCAGGCCACUCCUCCCUCAGCUGACGAGGAGACCACCGUCCAUAUCAUUGGCCCCUUCUUCAGCGUUCAGUCGGCCCAGAGAAGAAUCCGAGCUAUGGUCUUGCAGUCGGGCGCUCCCGGCGGAAGCGGCGCUGCUGGCUCGCGUGCUGGUCGCGGUAGCAGCCAGGAAGGUGCUUCCCGAUCCCGAAGAGACGGCAGUGCCACCUCCCAGGGCGGCACCCCUUCGCAGUCCAGCAGCCAGCAGCAGCCACAGGCGAGCGGCUCGCCGUCUAGCCAGCAAGAGCAGCAGCCGCAGCCGCAAUCACCACAGCAACAGCAACCACAACAGCAGCAGUCACCGGCACAAUCGCCGCAGACACCUCAGUAACGAUGAUGACACCCAACCGACGCCGACCGACGCCACACACGCCUAUCCGUUUUAUUCGCCGGAGUGGCCUCGUCGUCGCCUUGACAUUCUCUCUCGUCGAGAGGCCGAGCUUAUCGCAAACCACCUCCUCUUCUCGCGGGGCGCGCGCUACCCCGACCCUACCCCCGUUCAGGGGAGGGUUCGAACAAGAGAGUGCGCGGCGCGCAGAUCGUGAUGGGAAGACGCGCGCACGACAAUGUUCUGUGAAUUAACUCCACGUUCGGAGAAGAGAGAGAGAGAGAGAGAGAGAGAGAUAGGAGGAGAGGUAGAGGGAACGAUGGAGAGAUCAUCGCGGUAGAUUCACGGACUCUCCGAGAUUCUAGCUCUGCGAAUUAAUUCCGCGAGUUUCCGUCUGUAGCUCGCGCUCCUACGCGAGCCUGCCGACGGCCAUUUCUUAGGAACGACUCGAGGGUUCCGGGCACGAUGAGUCAAGCGAACGGAACUCUC